AUUUUGAUUUCUGGUGUACAUCAGUUGACGUCUGUUAAUAACCUAAUUUUUGUUGUCAAACUCAAAUAUUUCAUUUAUUAAAACUUUGAAAAAUAAUGAAAUUUAAAUAUAAUAAAAGGAUGUGUUAACAGAAUAGUUUUAUAAAAGUUUUAGUAAAAAGUAGUAAAAAUAUUUUUAUAACCAUGAAUAUUAUUUACAAAAACGUUUGCGUUUUUCGAAAACGCCUUAUGCCUGUUAAUAAUAAUAUGUUGAUCUUAUGUCAAAGGUUCAUAAAUAAGCCUUCUACUGAUGCUAUUGAUCAAAUUAGUUACUUAAAAAGUAGUAUUGAUAAUAAAGAGAUGGAUUGGAAAGGGAUUAAAGAAAAUGUUCUUCUAAAAAGAGGUUCUUUGAACCCAAAAAAUAUAGAUGCUGUUAUGUUAAAAGUUAUGGUUGGGGAAAAAAAAUUUGAUGCAGCAUUAUCCUAUGCUAGCUAUCUGAAAUUAUCUAGUGAUGAUUUAUCUUUAGGUGCAAUAAAUGGACUACUAAACUUUUAUUAUGAAUAUUCUAAGGAAAAUGAUCUGUCAAAGAAUGAAAAAGAAUUCAUUUUAAAUACCUAUGACCAGUUGUAUAAAAAAUAUAAAGUGCUAGACUACACUACUUGUGAAAAACUGCUUCAUGCUUUAUGUGCUAUUAAUGAAACGAAAAAGUGUAAAAGACUUUUAAGUGAUAUCCACUUAAGUUCUGUGCCAACUCAUUCAGCAUAUAGUACACUGAUAGGUACACUAUUUAAAAAUAAUAAUAAAGCUGAGGCUAUGAAAUUUAUACAAUUAAGUUUGAACGAUAAAAGACCUCUUCAGGAUGCCGCCUAUGAUGAAUGGAUUAGAUAUAUUUUCAGGAGAUAUAAAGAUAAAAAUACUAUGCUAAAAUAUUUAAAUGAAAUAUGUCUUCACAUAUCAAACAAUUGUGAAGUUGUAACUUUAACAACAGCUAAAAGACUGAAGGAAGCUUUUGAGGAGCUGAAUUUUAUUGGUAGAUUUACACAAAUAAAAAAGCAAAGUGGACAUUGUGAAUGUUGUAAUUUAAAAUUAGACUGCAUAAAGUUGUCUGAAGAUGAAUUUGCGACUCUCCAGAGGGUUGUUAAGGAAAAGUUAAUACUUGGGAACGACCUCUUUUUGAAGACAUCUCCUGAAGAGCUUAAAAGAUUUACAAGUUUUGUUGAAAAGACAGCACCUUAUGAUAUCGUUUUAGACGCAUUAAACAUAGCUUACAGCAUAGGAAAAGGUGAUGUGAAUGAAAGAAUAAAAAUACUUAACUUAGUAGUAAAUCACUUCCUAGAUCAAAAUAAGAAAAUAUUGUUUCUGGGCAGGCAGCACAUGUUGAACUGGAAGAGGGGUACAUUAAUGCAUACUGUAAAGAAAGUCUAUAGCUUUUUUACAGAUGAUAUUUCUCAGGAUGAUCCGUACUUUAUAACAGCGGCGAUACUCAGUGGACCGGAAACAGAUAUUGUAUCGCGAGAUCUUUUAAGGGGUCAUAGGUUCCUUCUGCAGCAUGAAAACCUGCAACGUUUGUUUCAAAUGUGGCAGUGGCAGCACCAAUGGAUGGUAUUCGUUCCAAGACAUAAAGCCAUCAUACAGGCCCCGCUGACAUUUACACCUUGUGCACAAAAUCAUGAUAAUAGUUGGCAUCUGCCAUAUCAACCGGAAAACAUGCUGAAUACAGGACAUCUUAAUGAUGGCACCCCUGAUUGUUCAAAUUGGCUUUGUUUAAGAGCUAAAAAUUAAAUUCAAGACUAUUUUUUACUUGUUAUGAAUGAAACUAAUGUAUAGAAAUAUAUUAAUGUGAAAUAAACAAUUUGAUGUUUG